UGACAACUUAUCACGAGGCUGUCGUUUGAAGUGUGUUCUUUCGUUUUGUAUCGUUUGUGUAUUUUGUAUUAAAGCGAUUGUAGAAAAGCUAAAGAUUUGUGUGAGUUAUUACAUAUCAGCGAAGGGGACAUUACAUUGGCGACGAGGAUGGAAGUUCGUCUAACAUUAUAGCCGUGAAUUUGGCAAGAUUACCAAUCGGGAGUGUAGUAUUUAGCGAAAAUAUUUGAAAUGUCUGUCGCGGACGAAGAUGGCGCAGGACAAAACGGCAAUCCGGCAGGCGCUCAAGCAAGUUUAUUGACAAGCGACGUCAAAGGGCUUCCUUGCUUUAACCCCAGGGAAGACCCAACGAAUUUGGCUGUGAGAUGGAAGCGCUGGAAGCGGUCAUUUAAUGUGUUUUUAACGGCAAAGGGAGUAAUAAAUGACAAACAGAAAGUGGCAUUACUUCUGCAUACGGGGGGGUUGCAGUUGCAAGAACUAUAUUUUACGUUAGUAAACGAAGACGAAGAGAAAGAGUUUAAGGAUUGCGUCAAGGUCUUGGAUGAGUAUUUCGUCCCUAAAGUGAAUCUACCGUUUGAGAGACACCAGUUUCGUCAAAUGAGUCAGAUGAACGGCGAGAAAGUGGAUCAUUUUGUUUCUCGUCUUAGGCAAAAAGCUACUACGUGCGAAUUUCAGAACGUGGAAGAAGCAAUUCGAGACCAACUAAUUGAGAAAUGUGGCGACUCAAAGCUUAGACGGAAGUUUCUUGAACGCGUUAAUGCAACACUCAAGGAUUUACAAGAUAUUGCGCGGGCAUAUGAGGCGGUAGAAGAGCAGUUGAAAUCAAUGGAAGGUUCGAAUACAGUAAACGUUGUGAGUCAUAAAUCGCGUUGGAGCGGACGAAAAGAGAAAAAGGUCAACACAGAUCAGAAAGAGCGCAGAUACUCAGCCAAGGGGACUGGGCACGACAACAAGGAUAACGUACGACGAUGUUACAACUGUAAUAAAACUGGGCACUUUGCUCGAGACGCAAAUUGUCCAGCAAAGUCCAAGAGCUGCAAUAAAUGCGGAAUCAUAGGUCACUUCUCAGCUUGCUGCAAAAAAGCAGGGGAGAAGCACAACAAGGAGAAAGAAAAAAAGGAGGAGAAAAGAGCAUAUAAAGUCUCUGAGGAAGAAGGAAAAACACCAACAAGAGAUGACUAUGCCUUUGUUAUUGGUGGGCAUGGACAAAAAGAUAUGGGUCAGGUGGAUCUAAUUAUUGGAGGAGUGAAACUAGAAAGUAUUUUAAUUGACUCAGGUGCAACAUGUAAUGUAAUUGAUUGUGAACUCUGGAACUAUCUUAAAAGAAAACAUGUUAGGUGCGAGUCAAGGGUAUCAGACAAGAAACUGUUUGCGUAUGGACAGAAAGAGCCAAUCGACGUUGUAGGGACAUUUACAGCAGAGAUUGUGUGCGAGGCAAACAGUGAAAGAUGUGUAGACGAUUUCACUGUGAUUAAAGAGAACGGAAGGCCUAUAUUGGGGAAGAAAACAGCCGAACAAUUGAAAGUACUCAGGGUUGGACCUGAAGAAAUAAUAAGAACUGUUAACACGGUCACACAAGAGGGAAGUGAUUCAGAUAUUCGUGAGGAGUUUGCUGAUAUUUUUACCGGAGUCGGACUACUUAAGGAUUACAAGCUGAAACUGCAUAUCGAUGAGGAUGUUAUACCAGUUGCUCAGCCGGUGCGUAGACUGCCAUUCGGUCUAAGGGACAAAGUAGACGAUAAGUUAGACGAGUUACUCGACAUGGGUAUUAUCGAAGAAUUGCCAGAAGCAACACCUACAAGGUGGGUUUCACCAUUAGUGGUUGUUCCAAAAGCAGAUGGAAAGGAUAUUCGAGUUUGUAUCGAUAUGAGAAGGGCAAACGAGGCGAUUGUAAGGGAAAGACAUCCUAUUCCGACCAUAGAAGAAGUUUUGUAUGAUUUAAAUGGAGCAACGGUAUUUAGUAAGAUAGACCUCAAAUGGGGGUUUCAUCAAGUGGAACUCACAGAGGAUUCAAGGGACAUUACGACGUUCGUGACACACCGGGGGUUAUAUAGAUAUCGUCGACUGAUGUUCGGAAUUACUUCAGCUCCAGAGAAGUACCAGAAAAUAAUCUCAGAUGUUUUGGCAGGGUGCAAUGGGGUGGCAAAUAUUGCGGAUGAUCUUAUUGUUUACGGGGCUGAUUUAUCCGAGCAUGAUGAGAAUCUUUAUAAAGUACUAACACGUCUGCGAGAGAAAGGUCUUACCGUAAAUGGGGACAAAUGUCAGUUUAGACUUCCGGCCUUGACCUUUUUUGGCCACAAGCUCAGUGCCAAAGGGGUGGCACCAAGUGAAGAGAAAGUUGCUGCUGUAGUCAACGCUAGACCACCGCAAAAUGUUUCGGAAGUUAGGUCGUUCGUACAGUUAGUACAGUAUUCGGCAAAGUUUAUCCCGGACUUUGCGCAGAUUGCAGAGCCGUUGCGUCGUGUACUAAGAAAGGGACAGUCGUUCGUUUGGGGUCAGAGCAACAGCAGGCGUUUGAGAAGCUGA